AUGAGUGCAGGCCGGUUGCUCACGACUUUAUCCUGGAUGUUGAAUGUGAGUAAUGUGACGGAGGGCCAGUCCCGGGCCUUGGUUCUGCAGCCGCUCUGGGACUACCUCCACAAGAACCACCACGACCUCCUGAGGAGCCCUCUCUUCCCUGUCGUCCUCUCCGUCUCCACCUACUUCAUCCUGGUUGGUCUUUACACCAUCUUCGAUUUGCUCGCACCCACUUGGCCCUGCAUCAACCGCUACAGGCUCCACCCUGACCACCCCAUCACCUGGCCCAACAUAUGGACCACCUUUGGAGUCACCAUCUACAACCACAUCUUCUACAUUUUCCCCUCUGCAGUGGCCCAGUGGAUGUGGAGGCCACCCACACCACUCCCCUCUGAGGCCCCAACUCUCUGGAGCUUCUUUCUGGGGAUCACCGGCUGCAUGGUGGUCUUCGACUUCCAGUAUUACCUUUGGCACCUGCUCCACCAUCGAAUACCAUGGCUGUACCGCACCUUUCACUCCGUGCACCACCAGUACAGCCAACCCUUCAGCCUCGUCACCCAGUACCUGUCUGGCUGGGAGCUGUUCAGCGUUGGGUUCUGGACCACAGUGGACCCCAUCCUGCUGCAGUGCCACUGCCUCACCACAUGGGGAUUCAUGGUCUUUAACAUCUACGUUUCCACUGAAGAUCACUGUGGCUACAACUUCCCCUGGGCCCUGCACAACCUGGUGCCCUUUGGCCUCUGGGGCGGCGCCCCCAAGCAUGACACGCACCACCAGCGGCCCGGCACUAACUUUGCCCCAUUCUUCUCUCACUGGGACUGGCUGGGGGGCACCAACGCCGCGCCAACAAUCCCCGGCCACGCUGCUGCAGCGACAGGAGAAGAAGAGGAGAUGAAAGCGAAGAAAGACUAA